AUGCUGCAUUUAAGAUUUCAAUAUUCGGAUAGUGUCGACUUCUAUGACGUGCUCAAGAAUUUGGGGGUUGAAGUGAAAGCAGCCGGAAAAUAUCGACAGCAAGGAAAGACGUAUGUGGUCGAAGACGGCGACGUUAUCCUCUUCAAAUUCAAUGCUGGAGCCGGUUUAACAGGAGCGAAAAAGAAGUGA